GCAUUCUAUCAGCAUGAUAUCAGUCCAGUACAAUGUGUGGGUGCAAACACCGUAUGCGCCUACGCCGUGGAAGAGCCGCCAUUACUGAGUGGAAUUUUGCACUGGUAACGAAAACCUGAAACUCAUUUCAACUCGUGUUCGGGAAAUACACCCCGGAAUGGCAGAAGACAGUAAUUACGACGAGCAGGGCAUUAAUGAGGUGGCCGAAGAGGACAUGGAGGCGCCCACCUCGCCGGAUAUGAACGAUGAAAACGCGACUUCGGGGCUGUCCGAGACGGACCAGGCGGACGCAGGAGCUGGCGGGGACGAUUCGGCAGAGCCUGCCGAGCCUGAAGAAGCGCCACCCACGGAGGAAGUUAAAGUAGUUAAAGUCUUAAAACCCGAAGACCAGAUCAGAUUAUAUGUGUGGGCUGGAUCCGAUCUAAAAUGUCUGGGAGAUGAUGUUCAUUGCCAACAGAUCUACAUGACCUUGUCACUCAAGAGCGAAGUGAACGAAAUGGCAAGGUUUCAGGUUAUCACAGAAAACAUCAACAUCAAAAAGUCGCAGGAGUUUGAUAAACUAGCUGUAAACAAACUUCCUUGUCUUGUGGACCCUGUUGGAGAUCGAGUUAUCUCCGACGUACAAACCAUUGUAGACUACCUGGAACAGGUCUUCAAGGAACCUUGCCUCAUACCGAAGAAGACAAGUUUGACACAAGUUGGAAUUGAUCUCUACAGGAAGUUUACAGGGUACUUGAAAAACACCAAUCCCAACAGAGAGGCAGAGAUGAAGAAUGCCCUGGACAGAGAAUUGGAAAAGUUGAACAAAGCACUGAAGGAGAGUGGUCAUAGAUUCUUAGACGGAGACAAGCUAACGCAACCUGACCUUCGUAUUCUACCCAAACUUCACCAUGUUGUAGUGGCUGGCAAAAUGUUCAAGGGUUAUGAAAUCCCAGAUGAAGAUAAAUACGGCCGAUUGAAGGAGUAUCUAGAGAACUGGAAACAGGAACCAGUCUAUCAAGAGACCAAGUAUUCAGACGCUGACUUGGAGUACGGUUGGUUUAAGACGAGGGGUUUGGAUCGCAUGUACCUGAAAAUCAAGGGAGGCUACAGACUCAAAUAAAUUCCAGGCAAGCCCUUCUCCCUUCUCGUCUUCUGUCCAAGUAAAUUAUCUGUAACCAGCUCCAUCCAAAAUCAGAAAGAAAGUUUUCAAAGUGCACCUGUUGAACUAUGGGGAUGUUAUUGAGUUUGGAUUGCUGGUACAAAAGUUAAUGAUAAUUCUUGAAGCUCAAGGGGAAAAUACCUCACUUGAGAUUAGAAUCUAAUGGUUUAAGCAUUCUAUGAAUUCAUUGAAGAUUUUGAUCCUCCAAAGUAGUUAAUUUUGUAUUUGGUUGAAACUGGAUUUGUAUGGCAACUGUAAAUUCAUUUUGGCUGCAUUAAUAACUUGGGUUGAUUCAGUGAUAACCAGCAUUGGGCAAAAUUGGUUUGGAUUUGGUUGUUCAAGCAGGAACAUAAAGAGACUUAGAUUCUGUAGGAUUCAGGAUGCUCGUAGAAAAUAUGGACACGAUGUGGGCUAAUUUUCGUGGAAGAGGAGUAAAGUCACCAGAAAAUCGUCACAAUGUUCAGGAACAAAGUUUCAUCUGUUAGAAAAACAUUUUGUGGUUUUUUUUGUGGCUUGCCCCAAUACAACUUUCCUACAUCAAAAAGAAGACAUUGUUUUAGUGAAGAAAUGUGUCACAUUUUGCUGAUAUGGAAGAGGUUUUGAGACAUGGUCUUGUGAAGCUGUCUCAUUCUAGUAAGGACAACAACAGAUAGAGGUUUUUCACGUGACGUAACAUGAUGGGCAAAUGCAUAUCAGAAAGCGUACCAUGUCCUUGGAGGCGAGUGCAUUUUGGAAUCUGUGUAUUUCUGUACAAUUUCUUGUACACCAGAAUGCUGGGAGACUUGGGAGGAGUGUGCAUUUCCACACACAUCUCUGUAAAUUGAAUGCCGACUGAAUGCCGAUGAAUUGAAUCAUGUGACUCCUCAAUUAAGGUGUUUCCCCUGGUCCUGAUUUUUUAAAGAGCUGGUUGCAUUCUCUGUGUAUUUUUUUGUCAGUGGGAUGAUGAUGUACAUUGUAAAUU